CGAAUGUAUAGCUGUCAAACCAUUCAUAGAGAUGGUCACCCAACUGUGUCAAAUACAAAACCUGACAAGAGCAAAAUACUUCCUAGGAGAGAACACCAGUUUGGGAGAAAACCUAACGCUACUCUUGGUUAAACACUACAUCUAUCUCAACAAAUUAGACAAUAAACCACCAAAUAUGACAGGCCUCAAGAAAUAUGUUGAAGCCCAGGAAAUCAUAAGCAGAAGCAAUGCAGAGAAGAAUAACAAGUUAGAAGCCCAUGACAAAGCAUGGAAAACUGCUCAAAAGAUAUUCAAGCAGUAAAUAAAAACAUUGUAGAUCCCUUUACAGCAUAUAGUAAACAGCAUCAAAAUAGGAUAGGAAAGCACACCCCUUGCAUUGGUUUUACAUACACUUUAUUCUUACUCAUUCUUUUAUCAAUCAACAAUCAACAACAAUUGCAAUUUUAUUCAACAUUCAUUUAGUCAACAUACAUUUACAACAUAACUAUAAGUGUAUUUUUUUGUCUACGUAAAUUUUAUUUAUAUUAUUAAUUGCAUUACAUUUACAUGUACA